AUCUCCACAAUCUGUAAAAAGCCCUUUGUCUUACCGUACACCAUAACUGGAAAUGCCUGUUAUCUUACCACAGUUACCUAAAUCUAUGUUUACCAGCUAUGAUCCAAAAUAUACACCGGGCUAUACAAGUUUUGUUCCCAAACUUCGAAGUGAUAUUGGUAAAGUUUAUGGGAAUGCCAACUUAAGGUUCCUAGACCAUGAGCCUGGCCUGCGAAGAACACAAAGGGUAUCAUUCAUGGAAUGGGAUAAUCAACACGGUCCUUCACGCUCAGCACACCUUGACAGGAGAGUGUUCGACCAUCAUUCAAAAAUGACAGUACAGGGGCAUGAGAAAAACUGGAAUAAUCAAAAUGGAUAUUUUCAUCAGGGAGAUACAAAGUAUCCAUUUACCCAAAUGAGACAUACACACGAUGGAGACCCACGGACAUCAUCAGUAAUCUAUACAGUGGAGCAAAUAAAACAUGACUUAAACAAGCCUAUGGAAUGGAUGCCAUCAGAACCUGACAGAUAUGGAUCAUUGAGACAUGAACAGGAUAGUAUGAAAUAUCCGUCAUCAUGCCAUGAGAGAUCUGAACAGAUUUAUCCUUCCUCAAACCUUCUUCCUACUGGAAAUGUAAAAAUGAAAGAAAUCAAUGACAGAGAGCCUGCAAAAAACAUCUGCAAAACAAAUGAUUAUAUUCAGAAAAGACAAGGGAAAUUAAUUUAUAGAACGGAUGGUGGUCUCAUGCCUAAUUACUCAGGAUAUACACCUGGGCAGAUGUUUGCUUUCGGGAAGACUUGGGGCCGAAGCAGCAGAAAUGCCAUAGAGAAAGUGCAUGGACAGCCUUUCCUUUGGACAUCUCUUCUUUAGUUCUUUUU